GUUACGUACCUAAUUACAACUAUGUUCUUAUAGCCAUAUUCAUAAAUGUCAUUCGUUACAGUAUCAAAUUGUCACUGUCACGAAUUGUCACAAAGUGACAUGUAACCUCAGAUCUUAAAAAUUAAUAAACACGAUCUAAAAGCUUUAUUGUAAAAUGAUUCGCUUGAACCAAAGAAAUUUCCUAUUUUCACAUGGAAAAUGCCUGAUAAAUAAGGCUUUUGUUCAUGAUGUUUUCUCAAAUGCUAAGAUAAAUUUAAGCCAUCGUAACUUGGUUAGGCAUUUUGCUAGCAAACAAAAAGAAGAAGAAAAAUUGGAACGAAUAUACUAUGGUCCUCUGACACCACAGAUACGAGCUGUUAAGAUAUUUUCCGUAUCAUCCAGCGCAGCCGGCUUAGCUGCACAACCAAUAAUUAUUAGGGAAGCCUCAUCCAUUGGAAGCACUUCAUUAAUAGUAGCGCUAUGUUCCGUUGUUGGUUUCUUUACGUUUGUGACGCCAAUAUUAUUACAUAUUAUAACUAAAAAGUAUGUAACAGAAAUGCACUAUAACCCUGAAACAGAAACAUACAGGGCUACAACAUUAAAUUUCUUCAUUGCACCAGUUCAUCAUCAUUUCAAGGCCGAUGAUGUUGUAGUGCCUGAUAUCCCUGGCAUGUUCACCACCAUGAUAGCUAAAGGGAAACCCUUAUUCAUUGAAGCCAGACAUUUUUCCGACCCGCUGUAUUACGCUAAGAUCAUGGGAUACGACAAACCAUUAGACUUCAAACUUGGGGAACCGCAAGACAAUGAAAACAAAACUAGUUAAAUGUCGAUUUAUUUCGAUUUCCUUAAGUAUUAGAAGUUAGAUUUAUAUAAUUCUUUAUUAAGUUUCAAAUACAUUAAACAAAUUUUAUUCAUAAAAUAUAUAAUUUCAGCCGUA